AUGGGCCCCUGUCUUCCCCUGAAUGGUCCGUGCGACCCCUUAAGGAAGGGCCGCUUACUACCGUGGCAUCAGCGCCAUUGGAGGUUGCCAAUCGCAGAUAGGAGAGCGUUACUUAGUACCUACGAUCAUCUCUACCUUCUAUCGCGAGAUAAGGUUUCUGUAAUAGAUGGUAUUAUGUAA